AUAUUAUUUACGGCAGGAUCAACAACGAAGCACGAGGGCGGGUUAACUUGUUGUCAAAGAAUACGAUUUACUUUUAAUAAUGGCAAUGACCGCGAUAUCUUUCGAAAAUGUUGUGUUGUCAUAUUUGCCCGUCGAGGGGGAGGAAGAGAAAAAUAAUAAAGGAAAAGAAAAUGUUAAAGUUGACGUCAAACGCGUAUCAGAAGAAGCUCUUGUGACCUGCCUUCGAAGCAAAGAUAAUACAACAGCAUUGAAAUGCAACGUUACUCGAGAGAGCGACAAUUGUUGCGCAGGAAAGCAAGUUUAUUUAAUUCGAGUCCAUGGAGAUGAAACUGUUCUGUUAAAGUUCCCUUCUACAGACGAACUUUGUCGGUUUUCAUCGCUUGUUGAAUUUAAUUCCAAAUCUCAGUCUGUGUUUGAUCGAAGAACGGAAGAUUCUUCAGCUGUUCAGUAUUUCCAGUUUUAUGGCUACCUCUCGCAACAACAGAACAUGAUGCAGGAUUAUAUUCGGACCGGUACAUAUCAGAAAGCUAUGCUUCAAAACUAUAUCAAUUUCAGAGAUAAGGUCGUCCUAGAUGUUGGGGCAGGUUCCGGUAUUUUAUCAUUCUUUGCUAUGCAAGCCGGAGCUCGGAAGGUUUAUGCGGUGGAAGCCAGUACAAUGGCUGAAUAUACAAAGAAGUUGGUUCAAAGAAGUCAGUACGCAGGUAGAAUAAUAGUGAUACCUGGCAAAAUAGAAGAAAUCAAACUUCCAGAGAAAGUAGACGUGAUCGUAUCAGAACCGAUGGGGUACAUGCUGUUCAAUGAACGAAUGUUGGAAACAUAUCUUCAUGCCAAGAAGUUCUUGAAACAACCAAAUGGAAUGAUGUUUCCAACAAUCGGUGAUCUUCACAUUGCACCAUUCUCAGAUGAGCAGCUAUACAUGGAGCAAUUCACAAAAGCCAACUUUUGGUAUCAGCAGUCAUUUCAUGGCAUUGAUUUGAGUCCAUUGCGGGAUGACGCAGUGAACGAAUAUUUCCGCCAACCCAUUGUCGAUACGUUUGAUGUUCGGAUACUGAUGGCAAAGAGUGUGAAACACACAGUCAAUUUUUUAACGGCAAAAGAAGAAGAUUUGCACAGAAUUGAAAUUCCAUUGAGAUUCACUGCUCACACUUCAGGAACGGUACAUGGCCUUGCAUUUUGGUUUGACAUGGCAUUUGUGGGAACAAUAGCAACGAUAUGGCUCUCUACUGCCCCUACAGAAGCACUCACACAUUGGUAUCAAGUACGAUGUCUUCUACGUUCUCCGUUGUUUAUCAAAGCCGGUGAAGUUUUGGUCGGAAAAGUUCUCCUGAGAUCGAAUAAAAGACAAAGUUAUGACAUCGACAUCGAAGCAAUGGUUGAAUCGACCCGAUGCAAAUCUGAGAACACACUGGAUUUGAAGAAUCCUUUCUUCCAUUACAAUGGACAGUCGCCUUCCGCACCACCAGGGAAUCACACGGUGGCGCCAUCAGACCCAUACAGCUCAGGGAUGGUUUCAGGAACAGCUGCUUAUGAUGCCGAUAGCAACGGUGUUCAACAGCAACAACAACAGUUGCCUAGCAACAAUGUACAGCAAGGAAAUCUAUGCUACCAGCAAAUGCUUGACCCGACAAUGCAGAAUUAUCCUUCAGCUCAGUGCAAUGUUGUUCCUUUACUAACUGGAGGUUCAAUCCCUCACCCGGGCACGAUGGCUGGAUCUGCGAUGAAAUCAACAAUGUCUGGAGCGGUGAACAGUUCUCAGAGAGAACAGACGCAACAAUACAAUGCCAGUUCACCAAAUCAACAGCAGUACGUGCAUUACUGAGAACUAUAAUGGACAGUCAUGAACUGAAGUUGUUGGAAUUAUUGUUGUGCCCGUUGAUCUCCAUCGUUUUGUAUAAUUCUGGUGACGCACCCCGAUAAGCACCUUGCGAGUACUUGUUUGAUUUUAGCCGAGACAGAAUAAUAUAUGGGAUUCUUUGUCAUGUCUAGUGGUUGAUCACAACUACGGGGCCUGUGCUUAGGUUUGAAUAUUUGUUGCCCGCUUGCCUUGUGUUCAACCAUAUCUUUAUAGAGACUCUGGUCUGGUUUUAUAUUAGGUUUGCUUGAAUACAAUUCUAUAAAUUAGGUUUAAUUGGGCGGUUGCAUUUGGGCAAACAUUUUGAUAGAAUAUCCUGCACCCAUAUUGGGAUUGAAUUAUGUUCAAGCAGGUCGAUCUCAUUUCUUUGUAGGACUUUGAUACAAAUGAACUGUUUUGUAAUAAUACUGUCAUAUUAAUUAAAAGUGUUACAUCACAAG